GUGGGCACAGGUGGGUGGCACUGGGGGGCACAGGUGGGUGGCACUGGUGGGCACAGGUGGGUGGCACUUCUGGGCACAGGUAGGUGGCACUGCAGAGUGGCACAGGUGGGUGCACUGCUGGGCACAGGUGGGGGCACUGCUGGGCACGGGUGGGCGGAGCUAGUGGGCGCACUGCAGGGCGGAACUUGCGGGUGUCACUGCUGGGCACCGAUCAUCAGGGCACUGAUCAUCAGUGCCCUGAUGAUCGGUGGCGAUCCCCGCUCUGACAACUGCCGGUUCUCGGCAGUACUUUCCUCAUGAUCUGACAGCGUGAGGAAAGUGCAGCCGAGAACCGGCACUUGCAU